AUGAGUUCAGUCCAAGAUACUCUCAAGAGUCUAGAAGUUGAGCUUUCCCAGCUCAAUGAUCGACAGGAAAAGAUUGUUGUCAUACAGGCUCAGCUUGAUGCUCGUGCACGGCAGUCAACACGCGCCAUCCUGCUUUGUCCCUCUAGCAGCAACAUUUCCGAUCCUAUAUCUGACAAUUUGGACGCGCUCUCACUGGGAAUCAGUCAGCUGAUCAGGAAACACGGGCUCGAGGACAUCUUCAAGAUUUUUAUGCUUGAGACGAUGCGGCGCGAGGCACUGCUCUACGAUGCAUCUCUAGACAAGUCCCCUUGCGCAAAUGUGGAUGCUACUGCUAAGAUUACCUGUUUAAAUGAAGGUGUAAUGCGAUGCGGUGGUUGCAAAAUUGCACCGUACUGUUCCAAGGAAUGUCAGAAGAAGCAUUGGCAGAUGCAUAAAAAAGGUGGAAUGAAAACUAUUGACUCUGGACUCAUACUCACUCAUUUAUAUACAAACCCAUAUAUUCAUAGCGUGCAAGAACCCAAUUCGAGACUCCGAAUGGACACCAUCAUGGAUAAUUGA